CUAGCUGCGUUGAACGAUUUUUAUGAACAAUUGAACUUGUCAGCUGACGGAGGUUUGAGCAAUUCUACUUUAGAAGAAUAUAUGAACGUGUUAAUUCACGUAAUAAAAUGUCCUCACAUAAGCUAUAACAGUGUUUAUGGAAGAAAUGACAACAACAACAUCAGUAAUAAUAAUAAUAAAAAGAAGAAUGCUAAAAAUUCAACAAAUGAAAAGAAAGGAAAUUCUUCUGAACAGAUAAAUGAUAUUGUAGAUAGUGGUAUAAAUGACUUUUUCAAAAUAAUCCAAGAACAUAUGGGAGUUUAUUCCUCUGAUUUUGAUGAAGGUGAAGAGAUUGAGUCAGACUUUAGUGGUAAUAAAGAAGAUAAGAAGAAAAAGAAAAAAAAGAAGAAAAAAAAGAACAAGGAAAAUAAUAAAAGUAAUAAUAAUAUUAAGGAAAAGAAGAAUUUACUUGAAUUAUUAAAUGUGAAGGAGGAUGAUGUCAUAAAUGACGGCGAUGAAAAUUGUGAAGAUGAGGCAAAGGAUGAAAACAAGGAAAAUAAUUCAGAUAAUAAUAAGAAUGAUGAUAAAAAGAAGAAGGAUAAUAAGAAAAAGAAGGAUGAUAAAAAAAAUGAAAAUGAAGAUGAAUUAAUUAAAGAAAAUGAAGAACAAGUAUUAGAAAAGGUACAUAAGAAAAAAAAAAACAAAGAGAAAAAUGUUUCAAAAGAAAAUAUGAAGAAAAACGAAAAUAAUAUUAAAACAGAAAUAAUAAUAAAUACAGAAGAAGACAGUGAAGAAGAUUCUUCUGAUUCAGAUAAUGUAAGAGAUAAUAAUUCAUCAAGUAGUACAAGUGAGUGCACUGUAGAAUCAGAGAAUGAGAAAUUUUUUCUGAAUGAUAUAAAUUUUGUAGAUGAAAAAUAUAUUAAUAUAAUUUAUACAGCUACUUGUUGUAUAUAUACUAUCUUAGAUAUAUAUCCUAAUUCUAUAAAAUAUAUAAUUAACAAUAAAGACGCUGUAUACAUAUUAAAUAAAAAAUUAAAUGAUAUUGAAUAUAUUGAUGUUGCAGAAGUAAUAUUAAAAAUAUUUGAAAAGUUAGUAGAAAAGGAUCCAAUGCUUAUAUUAAAAAAGAAGAGUAUUAAAUAUAUGUUAAUGCAUAUCGAUUUUUAUAAUGUAAAUAUACAAAAGAAAAUAUUUUUUUGUAUUAUUCAAAUUAUUAAUAAUAUAACUAAAUAUAGACAUAUUACAAAAUAUAUAACUCCAUAUUGUAAUAUCUUUAUUAAUUUUUUUCAUUAUCAUUAUAUCCAUAUAUUAAAUAUUAUAUGUACUUUAUGGAGAUCUUAUCUUGAUAAAAUGAUUACAUUGAGAUUAGAAGAGGAAAAAUUGGCCAUGGAAGAUAAGCUUGGAAUAAAUAGAAACAAAAAGGAUAAUAAACCUACAUCUUAUUUAAGUAAAUUAAUAGAAAAAAAAAAAGAUAAGAAAAAAUCCAAAAAGAAAGAAGGAAAUAUAAAUACCAAUGUGAAUAUUUUGGAUGAUGGAGGACGACGAGAAAAAAAAAAAACAAAAGGUAAUAAUAUAAAGGUGACACCUAUUUAUGAUAAUGACAUUAUUGAAAUAUCAGAUGAGGAUGAAUCUAUAAAUUUGAUGGAUAAAAAAAUAACAAAGAAGGGAAGUGUGAAUAGUUCAAAGGGUAAAAAAAAGAAGACGACAUUACAUGAUAAAAUGAGAGGGGUAGAAGAAAGUGGUAUAGAUGUAAUAAAUGAAUCAUUCCUACCUAACAAAAAUAAGAACAAUAAUAAUAAUAGUAAUAAUAAUGAAGAUGUGGAUGGUAACAAUAAUGGUGAUAAAAAUAAAUUGAAAAAUAAUUAUAAGAACAAGUUAUUAUUAAAUAUGAUACAUUUAAAUAGUGAUGAUAAUAUAUAUUUUAAAUUAAGUUCAGAAAUUGAAAGUAUUUACAAUAUAAAUAUUCGAGAUAAUAUUAUAAAAUUAUUAAUUGAAUGUCAAAUAGAAGAUAACUUAUAUGCUUUUAUGGAGACAUUUUAUAUCAUAUCUAUAUUAAUUCAUUAUAGUAAUAAUGUAUUAGAAGAUUUUUGUAAGUCUGAUUUUUUAAUUAAGUUUAAUGAAUUUUUUGGAAAUAAAAAAUUUCGAAGUAAUAAUUUUCUUAUCAUAUAUAUUUUAUUUACAUUAUAUUCUUUCCUACCUAUGUGUACAUAUAAUGGAAAAUUAAUAUAUGAAUAUGAUAAUAGGAGGGAUAUAAAUGAUGAAAUGUUUUAUGAGAAUAUAGGUGAAUCUAUGAAUGAUGACAUAACAAAAAAAAAGAACAAAAUACAAAAUAUAGAAGGUGUAGAAAAUAUAAAAGUUGUAAAAAAUAUAGAAAAUAUAAAUAAUAUUGAUAAUAUAGAAAAUAAUAAGAAUGAUCAAGAUUUUAUGAAUACAAGUUCUUUUUAUAAUAACAAAUUUGGUAUGUUUAUAUACAAAUUUCCAAUAGAUGUGAAGAAAUAUAAAUUAACAUUUUAUAAGAAUAAUUUGGCCCAUUUAUUUACUCUUAUAAAAAUAGUAAUACCAAAUAUAUAUUAUAUAUAUGAAGAAACAUUAUAUUAUGAUAUAAAAUAUAUAUGUAUUUUAAUAUGUUUAUCAGUUUUUAUAUCAUUAUAUAAAAUAUCCUUGACAUGUUAUGAGAGUAUUGAAUUUUUGAAUUGUAUAAAAUAUAUUUUUUCUUAUAACAAAGAAAUGUAUUCAUUCAUGAGAAGUGUAAUAUUAAAUCAUUUAUCUGAGACAUCUAUAAUAAGUGGUAUUACAAUAUGUAAGAUUGUAGAAUAUUUUACUCAUUUAAUAUUAAAAAAUCCUGUAUGUUCAAUAUUAGAUGAUAAUAAUGUAACAAAUGAAGUAUCGAAUAUAUUGAAUGGUAUUAAUAAAAAUGAAGAUAUGAAUAAUAACCUUUUAUUUAAUAUUACAAAAUUGAUGAAUGAUUAUAAUAAUAGAUAUUUGUAUGUAUUAUUAAAUAUAGUACAUAAGAUAUUAUUAAAAAAAAAAGAAGAAAUAUUAGAAUGCGAGAAUAAAAAAAAAAAUAGCUCUAUAUGUUUAAAUAAAAGAAUAUAUAAUAUAAUAUUUAUGUAUUUUUAUGAUAUUUUCAAUAAUAAAAUGUGUAUCAAAAAAAACCACGAUUAUAAUAAUAAUAAUAAUAAUAAUAAUAACCGAUGUAAUAAUUGUAAAAGUGAUUUAUUAUUUUUUAAUAGAGAUAGAGAAAUGAUGAAUGUGUUUUUAGAAUAUAGUGAAUUAUUUUUUAAUUAUGAACAGGAGAAAAAAAUAAAUAAAGGAGGUCAGAAUAUAUUUAGUUAUUCUAAUAAAGAAAAUGUAAAAGAGAAUUUAUGUUUACAAAAAAUUUUCGUAAUAAAUAAUUUUAUACAUUCAGAAGCAAAAUGUUAUAAUAAUAUGAUAUUAUGUUAUUAUUAUUUGAUAUAUUUAUUUUCUAAUUUAUCACAGAAAAAAGAAGAUUCAUGUAUAUAUUUUUAUCAAUAUAAUAUAGCCAAAAGAUUAUAUUUCUUUUUAUAUCAAUCUUUAUUAUAUGGAAAUGAUAGAACUGAUGAUAAUAUGAAUGUAGUAACUAAAUACUAUACCCAAGAUAUGAUAAUUAAAGAAAAGAAUAAAAGAGAUAUUUUUGAAUUAUUAAAAACUAUUGAUAGAAAUAUUCGUUUAUAUAUAUUUUUAUAUGCUUUAUUAUUUGUUAAUAAUAAAACAAAAGAAGAAAUUGUUCAUGGAUUAUUUUUGAAUAGUAUAAAAAUGUUAUAUAAUAUAUUUUCAACAAAUAUGAUGUUAGGAGAAAAAAAUAUAGAAGAUAUUAAUAGUAAUGAUAUUAUGCAUAUAAAAUCAUUAGUAGUAAAAAUAUUUGAUUCUUAUCAUUAUUAUUUAAUAGUUAAUAAUUUAUCAUUUAAUAAUUGUUCUGUACUUAUAAAAAUAACCAAGGAAUGUUUAAAUAUUUAUGAUCACUUUCCUAUAUAUUUUUUCAAAGAUAAUUUUUCUCAUAAAAAUAAUAGCAAAAAUUCAGGUAUUAAUAAAUUUUAUGAUUAUAUCAAUAUAAGGGACCCGAAUGAUGAAGACAACGAUGACGAUUAUGAUAUAGAGGAGGAUGGGACUAGAAGAAAUAAAAAAAAAGAUAGUAAAAAAAAGAAAAAUGAAUUAUUUUAUGAGUGGAAAAAGGAGUAUGAUGAAUUUCCAUCAUUAAGACAAGACUUUUCAUUUAAUUUAUAUUCUAGAAAUAGAAAAUCUAGCGAAUUAUCAAAAAGUAGCAAGCCAAAAAAGAAGAAGGACAAUAAAAAUAGCUUAUGUGAUACUUCUUUAAAUGUAGAUAGUAUAAAUAAUAAUGAAAUAGAAAACACAAACGAAAAGAACAAUAAUCAUAAUUAUAAUUAUAAUAUUAAGGAUGAUAAUUAUAAUGAUGGUGAUAAUUGUGAUAGUAGUAAUAAUAAAACUAAAGGGAAUGAUGAUGAAAAUAAACAGAAACAUAAAGAUAAUGAUCUUGACCAAGAAACAUUAGAAAAAAUGGAAAUACUCAAGAGGAUUGAAAAAGAUUAUGAAGAAAAAAAUAAAAAGAAAAAUGUAAAGAAUGAAGGAGAUUUUAUUAGUGAUGAUGAAAAAAGAGGAGGUGGUGAUGAAUUGAAUAUUGACAAGAGUGAAGAAAUUAUAAAUAUUGAAAAUAAUAGAGAUAAGGAUGUCGAAAUUAUAAAAGAAGUUUUUCCCAAUAAGAAAAAAAAUAAUGUAGAACAAAAUAAAGAUAAAGAAGGGGAGGACCAAGAGGAUAUCAACAAAAGAAAUGUUGUAGAUGAAGAAAAGAAAAAGAAAAAUAUGAUAACGAAUAACACAAAUAAUAAAAUAAAUAAAGAUAAAAAGAAAAUAAGACCUAUAGAUUAUUAUGAUAAUAAUAGAGGAGAAUAUAAUUUUUAUAAUUAUUUUAAUAAUAAUAGGUAUAUAAAUUAUAUACCGAAAGAUUUUUUUUAUGAGAAUCUAUUUAAUGAAACUAUUAAUAAUUCAACACUUGAUAAGAGUAAUAAAAAUAAAAGUAUGUAUAAUAAUUAUAAUUGUCACUUUCCUAUACAUUUAAGAAGAAAUGGUUUAUAUGUAGAUAAUGUUUCUAUUUUUGGCAUGUUGAAUAAGGCAAUAAAUAUAACUUUGAUUGAACAAGAUCAAAUAGAGAAUAAAUUAUUAGAUGAAUAUAAACAAAAUGUUGUAAACAAAAAUGAAAGUAUGAAAGAAAAUAAUUUCAAUGAUUAUUUUGAAGAUGUAUCACAGUUAUCUAGACAUAAGAAUAAAAUAUGUGUAACUGAUGAAGGUUCAUUGAUAUCAAAGGAUAGAAAAAGUUUUAUGGGUACUAAUAUGUCUGUAUCUGAAAAGAGUACAGGCCCAAACAACAACAACAAUAAUAAUAAUAUUAAUAAUAAUAAUAAUAAUAAUAAUAUUAAUAAUAAUAAUAAUAUGAAUGUGAGAAUUCCUAAAUAUUUUAUUAAAAAUAUUAUUGAUAAGGAGAAAAGAAAAAUACACGGAUCAUUCAACAUUUUUGAAACGUUUAAUAAGGCUUCAAAUCUUGUUAGGAAGAAUAUGAACAAAUAUAUUGGUAAAGGUUUAUAUCCAAAUAAAUAUUAUUCAAAGGAUGAUGAUGAUUUAAUUAUUUUGUCAGUUAAUGGAGUAGAUGUUCAUAAUAAUUCUUGUUUAUCAGAAUAUUUAAUGAAAUUAAAUGAAGAUAUGUAUUAUAUGAAUAAAAAUUCUUUAUGUGUAAAUGAUGAAAAUAUUUUUUGUAACAUGGAAAACUUUUAUGUAUAUAAUGAUGUGGUAGAAAAUAUUCCACCUGAAUAUUUUUUAAGAGAGAAUAAUAUAAAGUAUUUGUGGAAUAAUAAUUAUAACAUAAAUAAUAAUAAUAUGAAUAGUAUGAAUAGUAUGAAUAGUAUUGGUGGUGUUAUUUGUGAUGGUAAUUUUUAUGACAGUAGAGGAUCUCACGAUAUUAGUUAUAGAAUAAUUAAAAAGAGAAAAAAUAAUGAUAGCAUAUGUAGAGCCCUAUAUGAUGUCGAAAGGACAUUAAAUAUGAAUGAAAAUAAUAAUAAUAAUAACAGAAUGAGUAAUAACAAUAUAUGUAGUGUGAAUAAGAGCAAUAAUAAUGUUAAUUAUGCAGGAUGUGAAAGUAGUAGUCGAAAUAACUCAUUAUAUUUGAAUGCAAGAAAUAAAAAAGGAUCUAGCGAUUUUUUGUAUACUGAUGAUAGUAAAAAAUAUUACGUAAUGAAAACAAGAGGAGAAGAAGAACAAUCAAGACAACAAGAGAAUGUGUCAAAUUAUGUUGAUUGGGAUACAUAUAAGAAAAUAAAAACAAGUAUAAAUACACCAUUAUUUUGUAAAAUGGUUAAUGAAAGGUAUAAUUAUUAUAAUAUAUCUUAUGAUUUAUUUAAACAUUUAUAUGAUAAUAAUAUGGAAUGUGUAAAUAAGAAGAACAAUAUGAAUAAUGAACAUGGCGAAAUAAGAAAUAGUAUGAACGAAUCGUUUGAAAAUAAUAAUUUAAUAAAAGAUGAAAUUAAUAAAAAAGAAGAUUUAAAUAGUUCAUUUAAUAUAUCUAAAAGUGAAAUUAUUUCCCUUGAUAAUAAUAAUAAUAAUAAAAUUAAUUAUUAUGAUUAUAUAGGUGAAGAUAAGAAUAUGGUUAUUUUAAAUGAUGGUACCAAUUUAAAUACGUUAGGAAAAUCGUAUUUUUUAAGAAAUCAUUUAAUAAAUAAAUAUAAAGAAAAUGAACUUAAUUUAUUAUUCUCACAACGUCAACAUGUUGAAGAUGAUUCCAUGUAUUUAUCAAAUUAUUUACAAAUAGAAAUGAUGAAAACUAUUGAACUUAUAUUUAUGGAUGAUAAUUAUAUUAAUAAAGAUAUAAUGCUUAGUACUCAUAUUCAUAAUAUUAAUUUUUUGGUGCAGAAAGGAAGUGAUGGACCUAUCUAUUCUGAUGAGAAUACAAAAUUUAUGAAGCAUUUUGAUGCUUUAGAACUUUUAAGAAGAAAAGAGAAAAUAUUAUUUGAUAAAUGUAGAAAUAAUAAUUAUGAUUUAUUUGAAGAAAACACAAUACAAUGUGGUAAUGUAAAUUUACAAAAUAAAUAUAAAUAUUGUGAUGAAAAUAAUGAAGAAGAUUUUUAUUUAUUAUAUAAUUAUAUGCCUAUAUAUAACCAAAUGAUCAAAAGUAAUAUUAUGAUGUAUGAAGAAGGAGACGUUAUAUUAAAAAGUAUAGAUAACACAAAAAAUUUAUUAGGAGAUAAUUUAUUAUAUAAUAAUGAUAAAGAAUUAUAUAGUGGUGAUAAUAAUAAAUAUUUAAAAAAUGAAUUCAAUGUAAAUAAUCUACAGAUUUAUAAUAAUAAUAAUAAUAUAUCGUGUGAUAAAAAUAAUGAAGAAAAGAAUAUAUUUUUAGAUAAUAUGUUUAAUUUUUUAAUUUAUAAAUUUUUAUAUUUAUUAUGUAAACAUUUAAAAAUGUGUGAUGUUGGUACGUUCAUAAAUUUUUAUAAUAACAGUGGUGAGGAAUAUAUAAAAUGUAAUGAAUAUGUAAUAGAAGAAAGAGAUAAUAGUUUAUUAUAUGAAGAAACGAAAAAGGAAAUACAUAAAUUUAAAUAUUUAUUUGAAAAGGAUGUGAAUGAUAAUUUUAAUAAUAAUAAAAAUAAUAGUGAGUAUUUGAAUGGAUCGGAUUUUAUAGAGAGUGAAAAAAAUAUUAGUAUAGAUGAUAUUAAAAAAAAAGAUUUCUUAUUAAAUAGUAUAAAUAAUAAAGUAAUAUAUUAUUUAAAUAAUCCAUUAUUUAUAUUUAGUGAAAAAUUACCUUCAUGGGUAUAUAAAAUAUUUUAUUUAUUUAAUUUUGUUAUAGAUAUUGAUAUAAGAUUAUUAUUUUUCGAAUUAAUAUAUUUUGGUAAUUAUAGAGGAUUAUAUAAUUAUAAACAGAAAAUAAAGGAAUUAGUUGAAAAAUUUAAUGAGAAAGUUAAUUUUGAUAAUUGCAUGUUAUCAGAAGAACAUUUAUUAUCUGUGUGUGCUAACUAUACAUAUAAUUGUGAUAAAAAAAAAUUAUUUAAUUUUUUAUCAGAUAAUAAUACUUUAUCUUUACCAAGAACCAAAAUAAAGUUACAUAGAACAAAAAUUAUAGAAUCAUCAUUAAGAAUAUUUAAUCAUUUACAUUAUAUUCAUUCAAAUUAUAUUACUCCUUCUUUUUUGGAUAUCGAAUUUUUUAAUGAAGAAGGAAUUGGUUUAGGUCCUUCCUUAGAGUUUUUUAAUGAAGUUAUAGAAGAAUUAAAAAAAGAAAAUUUAAAAUUAUUUAAAAUAGAAGAUGGUUAUCUAUUCCCAUUAUCUUAUAAAAUUAAUUUAAAAAAUUUUGAUUUCAGUUUAUUAAAGAAGCCUAAAUAUUCAGAAAUUUCAGGCUCAAAUAAUAAAUCUGCACAUAAUAAUAUGUAUCCAUCUAGUUCAUAUCAUCAAACUCCAUCUUUAAAUAGACGAAUUAAUGUAUUAAAUGAUGGCACAGGACAUCAUACUAGUAGUUACACGUCUGUUAACAAUCUUAUAAAUCAUUUCUUAUUUUCUAUGAACUCCAAUAUUUUGCAAAGAGAUUCUCAUAGUAAAAGUAAUGUUAAGAGUAAAGUAGAAAAUAAUAAUAAAGUUAAGGGUGAAGUAAAAAAUAAUAAAAAGAGCACCAAAAAAAAUAAAUCUGAAAAAAAACAAGGGCAUGAUUAUUUAGAUGGUAAUGACCAAAAUGAUGAUUAUAUGUAUGAUCAGGAGGGCAAAGAAGAUGUUCAAGAUGGUGAAGGUAAAUAUAAAUAUAAAUAUGAUGAUAAUUAUGAUAAUGAAGAGGAAGAUGACUAUGAAGAUGAUUAUGAAGAUGAUUAUGAAGAUGAUUAUGAGGAUGAUUAUGAGGAUGAUUAUGAGGAUGACUAUGAAGAUGAUUAUGAAGAUGAUUAUGCAGAUAACUAUGACGAACAAAAUGACGAUAAUGAUUAUGAUAAAGAAUAUGACGAUGAUGAGGAAGACAAAAAAGAUAACGAUAUGUUGAAUAGCGAAUUUUUUGGUAAUCGUUUGAGAAACAGAAAGAAUAAGAAAAAUCUUAAGUAUGUCACUGAAAAUGUUAACAAAAAUAAUAAAAAUAAAAAAAGUAAAAAAAAUAAAAAAAAUGACUCCUCUGUUGUAGAUUCAAAGCAAAAAAGUGUUACAUCGAGUGAUAAAAGAAAAAACAAAAAGAAUAAGAAAAAUGAUGAAAAGAUGGAUAAUAUAGAGGAACACAUUAAAAAUGAAGAUACAUUACCCAAAGAAAGUUCUAGAAGAUCAAGUUCGAAGAAAAAGGGUUUAUUAAAAAUAAAUAAUAAGGAACAUGAUCAAAAGGGUUCUAUAGAUGAUAACCAAGAAGGUAGCAAAUUAGCAACCUUAGAUAAGGAAUCUGAUAAAGAAGAAGAAAAUUUAGAACAAGAGCAAAUAAAUAAUGAAAAAAAUAAAAAAAAGAGAACUAGAUCAUAUAGUAAUACAGAUAAGAAAGAAAAGAAACAAGUUGAAAAUCUACUUGAUGAUAAAGUGUAUGAGGAAGCACACGGAGAUGUGUCAAAUGAUGAGGAACAAGGAGAGGGUGUUCAAAAAGGAAAAAGUAAAAAAAGCACCAUUAAGAAAAAUAUAAAUAGUGAUAGAGAAGAUUUUGAAAAAAAUGUAUCCAAGUUAAAUGAAACGAAAGAAAAAGAAGUUGUCAUUAUUUCUUCAAAUAAAAAAUUAAUUGAAAACGUAUCUGUUAAUACAACCGACAUGUUGAAUAAAAAGACAAGUGGAAAUUCUAGUCAAGUAGUAAAAGAAGAAUACAUCGAAAAAACAGAGAAGCAGUGUUGUAAAUUGUUAGACAAAACAUUUGAAGAUGAAAAGAAAAAAAAAAUAAUAAAUGAUGAUAAUAAUAAGGAAAAUUUUGACGAAAGCACAAUAACAAUAGAAAAUAAAAAUAAUAAAAGUGCUAUUACAAAAGAUGAGAAUGGUUCGCAACAAAAAAAUAAAAGCAGUAGUAAAGAUGAAAUGCAACAAUGUGUUACAGAACAAAAUGGAAAUUACAUUUUAGAUGAGGACAAAAAUGCAAAUGUGCCUAUAAAAAAAUAUAAAUUAUUUACAAAAGAUUUUGAAGAACAUUUUAUGAAAGAAGAUAAAAAUAUUGAUAUGAAUAAAAAUGAGAAAGAGGAACAAAGUAAAAAGAAUGAAAAUAAUAAUAGUCCAAUAAAUCUAAGUGAAUCUGUAACACAAAAUAUAAUAAAUUCUUUACUUAAAGAAAUAGAAAACAACAAAAUAUCUGUACAAGAAACAAAUGACAAAAUUCAGAGUGGAAAUAAUAAAAAGUUAGAUAGCCAAAAUGUGAGUAAUGAAACUAGUCAAAAUAUACACUCAAAUGUUAUUUCAAAUAAAAUUAAAAAUACACCAAGUGAAAAAAUUAAAAAAAAAGUAGUACAAAUAGAUCAAGAUACGUUAGAAAAUAGGUUAUUCAGAUAUUUUAAAUUACUUGGACAGUUAUGUGCAAAAAUAUUAUCUGAUAAAAGAAAUAUUAAUGUUAAUCUGCAUCCGUUAUUUUGGUAUUUGGUGAUGAAUAAUUCGUCCUAUGUUAAUUUAUCUAAAUUUCAUCAUUAUCACGCGAUUGAUAGAAUAAAUAUGAAUAGCAUAAAUAAAUUAUUGGAAUAUAGAAACGAAAAUAAGAAUGUGGAAGAUUUACAUCUCGAUUUUACAUUGCUUGGGAGCAAUCCACCCGUGGAACUUAUACCAAAUGGUUCAAACAUUACCGUUACAAAUGAAAACUUAAAUUUAUUCAUAAAUAAAACAAUAGAAUAUUCAUUAUAUGACGGAAUUAAAUUUCAGAUAUGGGCCUUCCGUUACGGUUUUAGUACCAUAGCUCCAUUAGUAUGUACUAACAUGUUUGAUGAAAAUGAAAUUUGUGAAUUUUUAUUUGGUAGUAAUAUUGAGAAUGAUGAGCAUUGGACAAAGUCUCAUCUUUCAACAUAUAUAAAACCAGAUCAUGGAUAUACAAACGAUUCGGUCACUUUUAUUACAUUAAUUGAAAUACUUUCCGAAUUUAAUAAGGAAGAGAGAAAACAAUUUGUAAAAUUUUGUACUGGAACAUCUGCCCUACCUAAUAAUGGCUUUGCAGCAUUAAAGCCCUUAAUGAAAGUUGUUAAGAAAGAGGACAAUAAUGAUUUACCAAGUGUUAUGACUUGUACAAAUUAUUUAAAAAUACCAGAUUAUAAAAAUAAAGAAAAAUUAAGGAACAGAUUAAUUUAUGCCAUUAAUGAAGGGCAAAAGAACUUUUCACUUUCUUAA